CAGGUGCAUGUGGGCAGCAUCUUCUCCACAGAGUGGACUUUGGAGCACCAACAUGACUUCCAUGGUGCUGCUCCUGCUUCAGACGCUCCUGCUGCUCCCGCUGGUGUCGGCCUCUCAUCACUUUGGGGGAACCGUGAGCUUCAGCUACAAAGGAACAAAUCCUGAUGGAUCCUUCAAGGUUUCCUUUCGUAACAGGGCCACCUAUGAUGGAUGUCAGUUUAGUCACUACUGGUCCUGCUCCAGAGGGAACUGUGGCUCCACCAACGGGGGGCCGAAAACUGUGAUUGACAGCAGUAGCAAUGCUCCCAUCUACAACAGCCAAUGGUGUGAAACGGAAACAGUGGAAACAAGAACUGUUGGGAGUGACAAACCAUUUGAACUGAGCGAUCAGAGCUGUUGCUGGAUUCCAACACGAAACGGCGUCUUUAGCUGGAGCCUGAAUACUCUGGUGGAUCUGGGAAGAAGAUCUGACACCGGAAAACCAAACAAUUCACCAGACACUGCCAUUCUUCCCUUCAUGAGAGUUCCUGAAAACUGCCCGCGGUCAUACAAGCUGAUGGCCUUUGAUCCUGACGGUGACAGAGUCCGCUGUCGGUAUGGAAACUACAAUGACAGAGAGUGCGACGGAUGUGAUCAACCAUCAGGCUUUCACCUUGAUGAGGAUUCCUGCACGUUGCACUAUCAGCAGGGCAGUGCCGACCCCAGAGUCUAUGGCUUUGAGAUGGUGGUAGAAGAUUAUUCCAGACAGCAUAUUGAUCUGUUUUACUCAGACGGAUCAAAGGCCCACAAGCAUCCACUGCUGGCCAGAAGGAAGAGGAGUGUGUGGGUGAACGGUUAUCAAAACCAAUCAGGGUCAACCACACCACCACCAUCCCCAACAUCAACAGCAAGCCCCUGGUGGUGGAUGUGGCCAACCACACCACCAACAAUGAGACCAAUAACCACAACAUCACCAACAUACCAAUGGUGGUGGAUGUGGCCAACAUCCACCACACCACCACCACCAACAACAACAACACCAACAACCACUACAACAAGACCAACAACAACAACACCAACGACAACAACACCAACAACCACUACAACAAGACCAACAACAACAACACCAACGACAACAACACCAACAACCACUACAGCAAGACCAACAACAACAACACCAACGACAACAAGACCAACAACCACUACAACAAGACCAACAACAACAACACCAACGACAACAACAUCACCAACAUACCAAUGGUGGUGGAUGUGGCCAACAUCCACCACACCACCACCAACGACAACAACACCAACAACCACUACAACAAGACCAAUAACCACAACAUCACCAACAUACCAAUGGUGGUGGAUGUGGCUGACCACAACUACACCACGAACAACUACACAAAGACCAACAACAACAACACAAACUAUAAGCACAAGAUCCACCACAAUACAAAGCACAACUACCGCAGGAGCUCCUCCGUACACCAACACUCCACCUCUCAGUAAACUGCCCCUCCAGUUCUCUUUACUUGUGGAUCCAGCAGUCCCUUCCUGUGAAGAAGGAGUCUACCUUCCAACGUUUGUGCAUCCAACCCCUGCAGAUGGAGCACGCAUUAAGGCAGAGGUCAACAAAGAGGUGGAGAUUAAAGUCAAAGCAGAAGCAACUCAUUCAGUAAUGCAAGACCUCAUCAUGAGUGGACCUUCAAACAUUAGCAUGCACAGGAGCACACACAAUGAGUUUGUCAUCCGGUGGACACCUAUGGCAGAUGACCUGGGAGAGCAUUACCCAAUCUGCUUUGCUGUGGAAUCAGCAACUGGGUCAGCUAUUAGCAGCUUUCAGACUGCCUCCCAUAAUCAUGUUCAUGCUACAGCCGUCUCACAGUCUGGUGUCUAUCAGACUGAGAUGAGGUGUGUUCUUGUGGACGUUGGAAAGGAGCAAAUCAAAGCCAACGUGGUCUGUGGUGAGUCCUCCAUGAGGGUGGAGAUCCCCAAAGAUUCCCUCACUGGACUUUCUGAAGACCAUCUGGAGCUGAGUGACCCCACCAACACUGUCUGCAGCCUGACCACUCACUCCAACAGCUCUCACGUCAUCGCCGACUUCCCCCUCAACGCCUGUGGUACUCAGAUCGAGGAAGAUGACGACAACCUCUUCUUCAAGAAUGAGUUCACCACAGUGGACGACCCCAGUCAGCUGAUCACCAGGAAGCACCUCAUGGAGAUCAGCUUCUACUGCCAGUACGCCAAGAAAAGCAACAUGACUGUGGGUUUCACAGCUCACAGGAAGAACGUCACCGUGUGGGAGAGAGGCUUCGGCACCUUCACCUACCAGUUUGAGUUCUACCCAGACAGCCAGUACCAAGCCAUGAUUGACCCGAACUCCUACCCUCUGGAGUAUGAGUUAGGAAGCAAGAUCUACAUGGAGAUUGAAGCCUCCUCUUCACUCAACAACACUGAGAUGUUUGUGGAGUCCUGCAGAGCCUCACCCUAUGACAACCCCAACUACCACUCCACCUACACCAUCAUUGACAAUGGGUGCACAGUGGAUCCAACUGUUCAGAUUUACGCCCCCUCCAACCAGAAACAGUUCCGGUUCAGCGUGGAGGCCUUCAAGUUCAUUGGUUUGCAUGAUCAGGUGUACAUCAGCUGCUCAGUGAUGGUGUGUGAAGCAGGGAACCCCAACACCAGGUGCUCUCAGGGAUGCAUGAACUCCUCCAGUUCCAACGAUCAUCAUCACAUCCACAAGAGAGAGGCCACCGUCCAGAGCAGAGCACACUUCAUUUCCCAGGGUCCUUUGCGCCUGCACUCAGACAGCAGUGCGUCAGUGAUCAACCUGAACCUGAACCUGGUCUUCAUUGCCGGAUGUCUUCUUGCUACUGUGGGAAUGAUCUGCGGCGUGGUCGUGUUCAAGACCAAAAUGUCCAAAGUCAGAUACCAACCUCUACCAACCUACGAAACCUAAAGCUUCAGCUUGUGGAGGUGCAGGUUGCAGACCAGCUUUUAUCCUUCAGCUCACGUUUUGGGAAUCUUCAUAUAUGUAUGCAUUUUAACAGAUUGUUUUUGUAUUGGUGUUGGAAAAUACAUAAACGUGCUAACAAUAAAUACAUUAUACAAAUAAAUAAAGAAAUGAUGGACAACCAUUUAAUCAGUUGUCUAGCAAACACUUAAAUCCAUAUUUUGACCCAUUGCUUUACAACCUCAAAAAAGGACAUCAGGCCACACCCUCUCCGAAGAAAACUGUGUUUUUGGUGUUUUUAACAUGUUCUUAUGUCAUUUUGCUGAUGUUG